GUUUUUAAAAAAGCGGCGGUUGGCGUUGAGAGCACCUUUUGAUGCAACACUUUGUUCACUAUUUUGACAUCUUUGUAACUUAACAAAACGGUCCUGGUACUUUUCCUGAGUUGUAAGCUCUCUUCCUGCACCAGGAUUAUGCAGAAGCAUCAUUAUGCAGAGAAGCAGGGCCUCCUGGGCUCUCUCUGUCCUGGGCAGAAGAAGCUGGAGGGGAAGAUUUUCUACCUGGAUAGUGUGAAGAAACGUGCCACAGCUCUGCUUUUGGAGGCCAUAUCACUUCUAGGAGGGAGGGUUGAGAGUUUCUUGCACAAGGAUGUAAGCUUUGUUGUGACGGGGAGUCAAGAGGGCCAGAGUGAGUCGAGGUGUACCAAGACCAAAGCAGGAGCAAAGGAGAUGAGGGAUGAGGCCCAAAAUCCUAUAACGACACGAGAAAGUGCCCUCAGCAAUGGCAAACAGCGACCAGGAACUCCAAGACCAACGGUUUGUGGCAGCCGUGGGAAAGCCCUGCUUGAAAAAGCCAUCCGCAACAAUGAACGAUUGAAGGGGAGCAGUGUUUUGGCUAACGCUCGGUCGUGGGGAGUGAAGAUUCUGUUUGUGGAUGAUGUCCUGUUGUAUUUGAAACAGCUGACUCGAGAGAGCUUCAGUACAGUACCCAAGAGGCCAGAGAAAACGUACAACAAACAACAAAAUGCCAAUGUUGUCAAAGCUGCAGCUCUGCGGUCUCCCUAUCUAAAAAUUGAGGACAUGAGCAGGAAAUACAGACCUCUUCAUAUGCAGUCCAUGACUUUCCCCACGAUGUGCUACUCCGGGAGAUUCAGUCCCUUUGAAUCUCCUCCUGCUUUCUUUGAAAAACAGACCGGGCAAUUAGAAAAUAAAACAAGUAGGGAGAAGAAGAAAGUUGAAAGCAGCGUUCAGGACAAAUCUCAAACUCCAGUCAGCUGUAACCCUUCACCCUGGCGGCCGCGCAAAAAGGAUGUGUCUUACUGUGAAUGCUGUCAUCAACACUUAAAUAAUCUGGAAGAGCACUUGCAGUCAGAUCAGCAUCGUGCGUUUGUGCUGGAUCCCUCUAACUACACUGUUGUGGACCAACUAGUGUCUGAAAUGCUUCCAGGUUUUGAACUCAAUACAUCUCAACCAGAAGAAGAAAUCCUAAACAGACCACUUUCUCCUAUGCCCAUGGAGCAUGUCUGUGAACUGGAGCCUCUCACUGAUGUUGAGACUGAGCGAGCUGUUCAAGCCCUACAGUCAUUCAACACUCACAUCUUUGACCCUCCUAUCAAUCCUCUUCCUUCUGGCCCUGCCAGCCCAUCACCAGGACUUCAGCGUCCCACCCCUUCUACUGAUGUCCAGCCUUCAACCACUCUCACUGACACCAAGCUCCCGCUCAGUCCAGCCAUGCCUGCUUUGGAUGUUGAACCACAAACCAACCACUUAUCCCACCAGCUGCCUGGUACCCAUUAUCUCUCCCCUUGCCUGUCCUCAGACCCCUACCCCCUUCCUCCAGUCCUCAGCCCACAAGUCUCUUAUCCCUCUCAUAUGUUGGAGCCACACGGCUUAUACUCAGAGCCUCCGAUCCUCAGCCCUCAGAAGUACACUGUGGAUGACGCUGCAGAGGGACACAAAGGAGAAAAUGAGUCUCAGUUUGUCCCAGACAUCACAAUUCUUGUCUCCGACCCACUUACUUCCUGUGUGGCUUUGACAAAUAUGGAAUUAGUAAAAGGAUCAAACCAAGACAGUGAACUAGGAUUUAGAGGGAUUAUUUGUUCAACAGAAGGUUUGGAAUAUGCUACGCCAUUUUCUUGUAGAUCUCGUUCCCUCCCUCGACAGUCAGCGACAGCACCAAACCCUAAGAAGCGCUGUAGAUCAGCCAGCCCAGACUACAGCCGGAGCAAAAAAAGGAGGAUUACAGAACAAGGUCAUGAAUCUGCAGAACUAGAAAAAGACUCUAAGGUGAAACCUGAGGGCUGUGUAUUAUUAGACAAAAUCUACUAUCCAGAUUUACCAUCCUCUCCAAACCAAAAAUUCUCUUCUACAUGCACUGGUCCUUUAAAACAGGAUUUUACAUUGUUUUCUAUUCCUGUUGUACAGAAUUUCACUUGGACAUUGACUCAAAACAUUCAUAGUAGCACUUCUGUUGAUCAGCCAUUAUGGCCACCCUCCUCAAACUCAAAGAUUUUUGAUCCUCCUGUUCACUUUAACAAAUCCCUCUCAAGCCAAGACUCUCAGCACCUACAACCCCUCUCCACAUCUGUGUGCAUAGAGCCGGCCCUCAUACCAGACUUCACCGCCCUCUCUCCAUCAUCAUCAGACUCAGACUGGGACUGUGAGCUUCUCUCACACAUCGGAUCAACUGCAGCUGCCCCCUUGUCCCCUGCUGAGCAGACAUGCGAGCUGGACCAGGAGCUCCUCCAUAGGCCGUGUACUUGGAUGCAUGAUAGCAGCUAUGAGUCCCGCUUACACACCGUCCUACAGCCAGCCAACACGGCAAGCUCGCUAAGUGGGGAUGAAAUGGACCCUUCUGUGUUCUCACGAACUGUGGUGCAGGUUGUGGAGGUUCAGCAUUGACUGUUUCUAAUCACUUUCAAGAACUGGAAUAAUCAAGUCAUGUCACGUUUCAAGUCAUCAAAAAAAGCCAGUGAAAUGUACACUGAAUAAGUAUUUAAAACUUUGUGCAGCUAAAAUGUGACGCUGUUACUAGAGAUGCAGAUUUUUAACCAUAGUUUAUUUUCUAAUAGAAGUGUCUGAGCUGAUGCUGCAACUUCUCAUGAGUUCAUAGCAUCCUUUAUCACUGACUGCAGCAUCUGAGCAGCUAUGUCCGGGAACACACGGUGGUAUUGAGAAUUUAAUGAGGCAUUUCUGAAGGAGUGCAUUACUCAAUUACAGUGAGUGCUGCGUCUGGAUCAGAUCCCACUCUCACUAGCGCUCAGGCGUUAGUGAAGGACUCGCACAACACGUGAAACAAAUCUGUGAUUAAUGUCAAAUGGCUUUUCCUGCAUUUUGAAGGUGGGCCAGAGGACUGACUGUCAGAGAGAGCAAGAAGUUUACCAUCUUCACUUAUCUGUAGUGCAAGGUCAAUGCAAAAGUAAACAAAACCCCACGCUGUCCCAAAAUCACACCAUGUCUUAUGUGGCAAUUUAAACAGGUGCAGAAUAUAGCAAUCUAUGAGAUAUACCACAUGAUUUUAGUGUGAGCAAAACUUUAUGUCCUUGUACAGUGUGUUUUAAUAAAGGAUUUUAACCAUCA